GGUAGUUGAGCUUGAUGUAAUUGCUUGUCAGAAAGACACAGGGACACAGAAAUUUGGAUAUAUACGAGAAAGAACAACGAAGCUUCUCCAAAUUGCAAGCCUGCUUGGCCUUCGGGAAAGCUCAAGAAAAAGUGUCAUAGACGAUCAAAUACUUGACGAUUCUUCUGCAGUGCCUUCUAGGGUUUCCUGAUGCAUGGGUUCUCUACUGUUGAUGGCUUCAUGGAGAUAACUGAAUGCUUAGCAGACAUGAUUAAAUAUGUGGCAAAUGAACCCUCAGUAGGGCUUUUCUAUGUCCAGCAUCAUACUCAAAAUGCAGUGCCCAAUGUCAUUUCUCUCAAGAAUAAUGUUGUGGAGAAGUCUCGAGAAACAACUUUGCACACUGAAGAUUCAGAGGAUUCUAUAACCAUGGUCAGGUCAAUGAAAGAAUGUGGAUUCCCCAUUGCUGAUGAGAUGAUAAGAGACAUCAAGAAAUCUCUAGUGACCAUGUCUACAAAACAACCAAGAAGAGGGUUAAUCCAGAACCCAACUUCAGGUUUUCAGAUGGGAAGAGCUAGCUCUUGGGGACCAGCCACUUGGGGCCGUGGUGCAGUUUUUGACCAAGAGGAGAACAGAAGAAGAGGUAAUUAUUUGUCAUCCGUACUUAAGUCAGCAAAACAAAAGGCCAGCAAUUUCAAGUGGCCACAGCUUGAUCCCAAAGAAUCGACACAAACCAAGGAUGAGAAGCUACUUUUGUUCCCUACUCCAUCAGUGUCAGUAACAUCAGCUAGCACUAGCUCAUCUUUGCCAGAUGUGGAAGCAGAUGAACUACCCUUGUCAAGUCAAAUUGAAGAUGAUCCACUGCAAGAAGAAGAACAGAAUGAUGUCAGCUUACCGAGUAAAAAUUUAGUAUUAGUUUCAGAAAACUUUGAUGAUUUCAAAGCUGAUAAAGAAGCCAAACUGGAGGAAUGGUUGGGGGUGACUGACAACCUGCAUAAUCAUAGAGACGCAAGUGAUGCCGAAAGGGCUUUUACAUGACAAUACUCAGCUUCUGAAAAAGCUUUACCUGUAAAUACUGUUGUUUAUUAUAUAAUUAUCUUUGGAUAAUGAUUAUAUACAAGAUAUUUGUGGUGCUAUGAGAUUCAUUUUUGUGGUAAGAAUAAAAAUUUGUUCUCAUA